AUGGAGGACAUUGCGAAGGGUGCACCGCUCGACGACGACGUGAUGUUUGCCCUGCUAAAGGACCAUGUCCAACGGGAUAGUUCGUUUGUUUUCCCGAAGAAUGGUGGCCGGUCUUUUCAGCCCCGCUGGCUCGAUGUAUACAAGCCAUGGCUGGUGUUUAGCCCUUCGCUUUCCGGCGGAGUCUGCGUUCCAUUCUGUCUAUUUGCAAAUGCAUUCCGAGGAUCGUCGCUCGGUGUUUUGGCAAGACGUCCCUUGACGAACUUUCGGAAAGCACUGGCGCUCCUGGAUGAGCAUAUGGGGAAAGUCUACCACCAGAACGCUGUGGUAAGAGCUGACGGCUUCCUCAGUGUCAUGGAGGGGAAAACGAAGGACAUAGCACAGCUGACCAAUGAUGGACUCGCGGCUAGGGUAGCUGCGAAUCGCGCCAAGUUGGAGGCGAUAAUCAAAAUCCUGAUCUUGUGCGGUAGACAAAAUAUUCCUCUGCGAGGUCACAGAGACGCCAGCACAAACAAGGAGGCCGCGGAUUCCGCAAACUGUGGAAAUUUCUGGGCUUUGAUGGACUUCAGAGUGGAGGCUGGUGACAAGAUCCUAGCUGGUCAUAUUGCUUCUGCCCCAGCCAAUGCAACGUACACGUCAGGAGAUAUCCAGAACCAACUGAUCGACAUCAUUGGUGACCAGAUUGCCCAGAGGAUUGUUGAUCAGGUCAAGGAUGCUGGAUGGUUCACAAUCAUCGCUGAUGAGGUGACAGAUGUGGCAAACAAGGAGCAACUCAGCUUGGUGUUACGGUACGUGGACCUAUCGACAAAGGUGGUUCGAGAGGAUUUUGUCGUGUUCGUUGAGUGUGCAGCAGGAGUUACCGGAGAGGCCCUCGCUAAGCUGAUCACGGAUACCAUCACCAGUCUUGGCCUUGACCUUGGCAAGCUCCGUGGACAGAGCUAUGACGGAGCAGGCAACAUGGCAGGAGCCAGGAAAGGUGCCGCUGCCCGCAUCACAGAGAAGUACCCCCGAGCUCUGUACCUGCACUGUGCCUCGCACUGCCUGAACUUGGUGGUCGUCUCGUCUCUGCAAGAUCGUUUGGUGCAGAAUAUGAUGGGCGUCGUCACCCGAGUAGCAGUUUUCUUCGACUCCCAUCCGAAACGCCAGAAAGCGCUCGAGGCCGCUUUGAAUGAUGCAGACGAGGAACCUGAUACAUCCAAGGUAAAGGAUCUCUGCAGGACACGGUGGGUGCAGCGACUUGAUGCACUGGAAUCCUUCCUGGCCCUUCACCCCAUGCUUGUGGUCUGCUUCAAUGCAAUCCUGGAUGAAGGUCCCCAGGCGUGGUCAAGAGAUUCCAUUACGGAUGCGAAUGGUUUGCUGACGGCUAUCACCAACACCGACUUUAUCGCAGCCUUAGUUAUUGUCACAAGUGCCUUCAUUACGUGCGUGGCAUCACCUCCAGUCUCUAAGCAGAAGCCAAGGACUUGA